CGAUACUCCAAAGUCCGAUACGUGCCAGAUAAAUUAUCAUUGGUGUAGGCCUAUCGUUGUCUAUUGUAGUCGAAGUUGUUUAUCUGACUCUGUAACUAACCUGCGUGUUAGUACAAUAGCCAUUAUUUGAAGAUUUUAAAGCUGUUCAAACAUGUAUGACAUUGUUAUUGUCGGUGCUGGGCUGUCUGGAUUAAGCGCAGCACAUCUCUUACUUCAGAGAGAGGCAAAGUUAAAACUUUUGAUCUUGGAAGGAAAAGAGAGGGUAGGAGGGCGCACUGUCACACAGGACGUGCCGGCUGCUGGUGGACUUGAUCGCUGGGAUCUUGGAGGACAGUGGGUAGCCAGUUCACAGACCCAUGUAAUGCAACUCAUAGAGGAACUUGGUUUGGUGGUAUAUCCACAAUACACCGAAGGCAAGAAGGUGCAUCAUAUGGGGGGUCCCAAUGCUAGGAUCAGCACCUACACGACCAGCAUCCCAUCAUAUUCACCCCUGGUCCUGUUAGACUUCCUGCAGUUCAUAUGGAAGAUUGGCAGGCUGUGCAAGUCGGUGGAUGUGCAGGAGCCUUGGAGGACCCCCGACGCCCUUCGCUGUGACGCCAUGACCCUCUCCACCUACAUCGAGCAGCACGUGUGGACCACAGAGUUGAAGGAGGAGAUGGCCUUGUGCAGUCGUGCGGUGUUUGGAGUGGAGCCGUCCCAGAUGAGCCUGCUGUUCUUCCUGAUGUACUCGGCCGCCGCAGGGGGCGUCAUGAGGCUCCUGGAGACCACACCUGGGGCCGCGCAGGAGUUUAGGGUCAAGGGGGGCACUCAGCAGCUGUCAGAGUGCUUGGCGGAGCGGAUCGGUACUGAGCGUGUGCGGCUCAACUCGCCUGUGACGGCCAUAUGGCAGGGAGAUGAUAGUGUGGAGGUGAGGACACCAACUGAGUCAUUCUCCUGCAGACUCGUCAUCGUCACCUGCCCCCCUCACAUGGCAGCUCGGCUCCAGUACCAGCCGGCCCUCCCAACGGAGAGACAGCAGCUGUGUCAGCACAUGCCUGUGGGUCACAUGAUCAAGUUCAUCAUCACCUACCCUACGGCCUUCUGGAGGGAGAAGGGAUUCUCGGGGGAGAUCGUGACGCGGCCAUCCAACGACUGCCCCUUCAGCGUGACCUACGAUGCCACCAGCCCCAGUGGCAGUGCAGCACUAGUGGGCUUCAUCGCCGGGCUGCAGGCCCAUGACUGGGCAUCUCGAAAGGUGGAGGAGAGGAGAGAUGCGGUUGUGUCCAGCCUGGUGAGAUAUCUCGGUCCUGAGGCCUCUAACUUUGUCCAUUACAUCGAGAAAGACUGGGGCCAGGAGCCUUACAGCGGGGGUUGCCCAGUGAACGUCAUGGUCCCAGGGAUGCUAACCUACUUCCACCCCAGCCUCCGCAGGCCCAUUGGCAGGAUCCACUGGGCGGGGACGGAGACUGCCACCAAAUGGUGUGGCUACAUGAGCGGCGCUAUCCAGAGUGGCCACCGGGUGGCGCUAGAGGUCCUGGCCCGCCUGAGUCCGCACUUGUUGAGCCAGGAGGAGAGGGAGGCGGCACAGGGCCUCAGCCACCAACCAACCCCCCGGAGUGACCUCUGGAGCCACGUGAUUGGCUACUCGCCACUACGCAUCACCCUCACCCUGACCGCCAUCACUCUGGGGGCCGCCUUGUUAUUGGUCAAGCCUCAACUCAGGAGAGAUGUGAUUGGCCAAGCGUUAGCCUGGCUUCCCAAAUAUUACACAAACUAGGAGAGAUGUUCCCUAGACUGGCACGGAGAAACACUAUUUUAUGAGCCACAGGACAAAUCGAUCAAGUUUAGCUGCAAUAUCUUUGGAACCACAGGGUAUAGUGACGGAACGUGUUCUGUUCCGUGCUCUGUUCCGUGCUCUGUGUACUCUGGGCAAAGACAAAUCUAAUCAAAACAAAAAUAAAACAAGUGAUUCAAGAUUCAAUACUUUAUUGCCAAACUACUCAGUGCAAGUUGCUAGGGAUUUGCUUCAGUGUGCUCAUGACAGGACAAAGACAUCACCAUAGACACACAGAAAAAGACAUAGAACACAUAUAUACAGAGUCCCACACAGAAUCACCCUUGACAUAGGCACAUAAAAAGGGCACACUGCUCACAGCAUACCUGGAUGACAGUCCAGGAGGCUAGAGUGACAGGUCAGGUUAAAGUGACAUGGUGCAUAGGGAUGUGAAAUUCAAAAGAAAAGUUUAGCCAUGCUUGAAAGUAGCAGCACCUAGUCACAUUUGUGCCCAUGUGUAUCAUUGACCAUGUUGUGCUAUUAAAAUGUAAUUCCUGCACA